AUGGGACCAGCGAUAUUUCAAGGCACCUAUGAAGACUGCUUAGGAACCAAUUUGAUCUUUGAGAAACACCCGCAUAAUUCUGAAAACACGGACGCUAGUAAUUCAAUUGGCACUCAACCCAAACCCUCUAUUGAGAUAUUUGCUUCUCGAACUAAAACCUCAACUCGACCUACAUUCAGCUAUUUCGGAAAGACUACUAAAAAUCUCAAUCUAAAUCGUGUCUUUUUGAAACCCAAGGAAUAA